AUGGACAGCUCAAGCAACCGACUCUUCCGCUUCUCCAAGCCUGAGUGGCUGAAUAACUCUGCCGUCCGCAAUGGCGGCGUCUACGUCGCAGGCGCGCUGUUCGCAGCAGGCUUCUUCUUCCUAAUCGACGUCGCCUCAUUCUCGCGCAGCCCGCGCAACGGCUCAGACGUGCAUAUCAAAUUUGUCGACUGGAUCCCGGGUAUCUGCUCUGCACUCGGAAUGCUGGUUAUCAACUCGAUUGAAAAGAGCCGGCUGCAGGCUGAUAGCUUUAGUUACAGCGGGAGUGGGGUUGCGUGGAAGGCGAGAUUUGUGCUGUUUUUGGGCUUUGCGCUGCUUGCUGGUGGGCUGGCUGGGAGUGUGACGGUUAUGGUCCUCAAGUACCUCAUCAAGGAUUAUCCUAUCCAGACGCUCUACUUUGGAAUUGCGAAUAUUGUGGCGAACGGCCUUGUUAUGCUCAGCUCGAUCGUUCUCUGGGUCUCUCAGAACAUCGAAGAUGACUACACUUACAAUCUUGCACUGUAA